AGGUAGUAUAUGUGACAUAAUCCUUCAGACGGGUGUUUGGUAUGCGUGCUCGUUGCCCACGACCAACUAUAGGAUCCGGUGUGGGUGCUGCCUCGUUGGCAGUGGUUGGUGCCUCGUCGGGUAGAUGGUCCGUCAGUGCAGUACUGGUGCUGCCUCCAGUGCUGGCAGCGCUGGAGAUCUCGCCCGCUGCUACGGGUGCGGUGUCUUCAGUUGCUGGAAGGGGCUCCGACGCUGGGUUGUCGGUGGCGGCGUCAAAGACCGUAGGUGCUGCAGCACCAGAUCGUCUUGGGGGCCGUGUGAUCAGAUCCUCCUCCAUUGGUAAUGGGCCGUCCGACACUGGAAUUGGUUGAUCGGUCUCUUUAUUUGAAAGG